UCGCCUGAGCGAUUCCAUGGAAGACCUUCACCAGGCGGUAGCAGCGCCCACACCGCCAACUCCGCCUCUGCCGCCACUGGUGACCGCAACGCUACAAUCAGGAUUAGCGGCUAGAUUCACGCUUCCCUUGUCGUAUGGACGCAGAGACAAACAACACAAGAGGACUAGUUCGUCACCAGAUUCUUUGAGUGCAGAAAGAGGUGACAGUAAGUCGCCUGGUGCACCAGCCGGUCCUGCUCCGGCAGCUCUGUAUAAAUUGACGGUUCCACUUUUACGAUGCGAAGCAGCUGAUGUGCGAGAUGCAGCAGCUGGAGCUCUGGGAAAAGUCAAUGCUGAAGCAUUGAAAGAUCUUAUGGAAGAAUUAGUUCCUUACAUUCGUGAAGCUGUUGACCGAAAACAAGAAAAUAUGAGACGUCGUAGACGUCGUGAUGCUUUACGAUUGCAGCUGGUACGGGUAUUGGAAUUAAUCGCCGAGUAUGGUACAUUUGGAAUAAGUCCAAGUGUUCUAGAUAGAGAAACAAUGUCUCUACAUCCAACAUUCGUGGAAUAUAUGGAAGGAGCCAGAUUAUAUCUAGAGAAUGAAACUAAGGAAGACAAAGACGCACCCGCCCAACAAGAAGUAAAAUUACAUUUCUGUGAUUUUAUCAGAAAAAUGAUCAAAAGUUUUUCUCUUGAAACUUGUACUACUUUAUUAAAGCGAGAUUUACGAAGUGGCCUUUUUAAUUUAUUUGCACCGUGGUCUGGGCCUUUUGCUAAGCCAUUAGGCUACACUCAAAGUCAUUCAUCCUCUGCAGAUGCAGAUGAAAAGUUACAAAUGUCGGCUUUGCAGGCAAUGAGCGCUUUGUUGUGCUGCGGCGGAUGUUUCGAUCCAUUAGCAUUAGCUGAAGAUGGAUCUUUGUACCCUUGGCUGGAUAUGCUAUUGUCGUCUACUGAUGAUAAGAUAUACCAGCUAGCUCGAGAAACUGCAGUGUUAUUAUUAGAAGCAAAUCCAGAUAUUGCCACUUUGGAUUGGGCUUUGGACAGAUGUUACACUGGACAGCCUCGUGUGGCUGAUGGAUGCUUUAUGGCCCUUGCCGCCAUAUUCAGUGCACGUGAAUAUCCUUGUGAUCACUACACUGCCGUUAUAAAUGUUACCUUGCUGAGUACUGGUUGUCCUCGUGCUGCAGUGCAUGAUACUGCUCUCCAACUUCUGCAGCUUUUGGAUCGAAGAUUUUUCGGAGAUGUAGGACCCCCUUUGAGUGAUGGCGACCAGCCCGGUGAGGACAAGGAACGUGGAACUUUAGAUUUACUGCUUAGCACUGGCUACUGUCGUUCCCACAUGUAUUUAUCCAGGCAACUUGCUCAACUUCAUCCAGAGUUGACAAUGCCCAUGUUUUCGGAAAUAACACAUCGUUUCCAAACGGCGCGUCCAGAAGUUCGACAAUUGCUAUUGCAAUGUUUACUUCCAUGGUUGCACAACAUGGAACUCGUUGAUCCUGGUGCACCAGCCUCUGCGUCCAUGCACCACGGAUAUCACCAUUGUGCUGGAACUGUCGGGGCUAGGAGAGACGGCUGGGGUUCGGCUGAAGCGACGGAAAUGGUCUUGAAUAAUUUAUUCUAUAUCACUGCAAAGUUUGCUGAUGAACAUCCACGAGAUGUAGAAGAAUUAUGGGGUACUUUGUGUUCUUUUUGGCCGAAUAACCUAAAGGUUAUACUAAGAUAUCUGGUUAUUGUAAGCGGAAUGGCUCCCAACGAUUUACUACCUUACGCCAAACGAGUGGCAUUGUACUUAGCCCGCGCCCGUCCAGAUAGACUUCUCGAAGAGAUGAUGAUAGAACUACAGACCGUUGAAACUUUGAAUUGUCUCAUAGAGCGCACCGAAACGCCGCCGUUCUAUCGCCUCACAAGUAUGCGAAAAGCUUCAAGUCACUCCGAUGGUGGUGCAAAUGGUAAUAAUGGAUCAAAUGGAGGGCAAAAUGGAAACAACGGCAACUCUGGUGGUCAGAAUAAUGGCGGUAAUACGGAUAGGUAUGCAGACUUGGCGGUCGAGAAGGGAACAAUUCAUACAAAACGACAUAGUGGUGAGGAUCCUAUCAAAAGUGCAGGAUCCUCAAAAUCUGAUUCUGCCUUAAGAGCUUUUAGCUCGCCUAGAGGGUACGAAAAAACUCGAGGAAAUAGUGGUCCACCAAUAGCACAUAGACCAGAUGAUAAUCUUGUUAAUGAACAGGUUCUUGCUGAGUGCGAGGAAAUGUAUCGUUCAGCUAUGAUAGCGGCUUGUAUUGGUAGAGCUGAACCGGAACCUCAAAUUCAGCAACCACAUCCACAAACCACUGCUAUGCCGGAAUAUGGUGGUGAGGACAAGGAACGUGGAACUUUAGAUUUACUGCUUAGCACUGGCUACUGUCGUUCCCACAUGUAUUUAUCCAGGCAACUUGCUCAACUUCAUCCAGAGUUGACAAUGCCCAUGUUUUCGGAAAUAACACAUCGAUUCCAAACUGCGCGCCCAGAAGUUCGACAAUUGCUAUUGCAAUGUUUACUUCCAUGGCUGCACAACAUGGAGCUUGUUGAUCCUGGUGCACCAGCCUCUGCGUCCAUGCACCACGGAUAUCACCAUUGUCAUCAUCCGCCGUUGCAUCAGCAAUAUCAUUAUCACGCAGUUCACGGCUGUUGCGAAACACCACCCGACUUGAGCACGCCGGAUCGUUUAGGCGACCGAGGCGGCUGUAUGGCUGGUAUAGGCGGUCAAACUGGCGGUCAGAUAGCGGGUUGUGGCGGUCCAGGUUCAGGUCGAGGUGCUGGAACUGUCGGGGCUAGGAGAGACGGCUGGGGUUCGGCUGAAGCGACGGAAAUGGUCUUGAAUAAUUUAUUCUAUAUCACUGCAAAGUUUGCCGAUGAGCAUCCACGAGAUGUAGAAGAAUUAUGGGGUACUUUGUGUUCUUUUUGGCCGAAUAACCUAAAGGUUAUACUAAGAUAUCUGGUUAUUGUAAGCGGAAUGGCUCCCAACGAUUUACUACCCUACGCUAAACGAGUGGCGUUGUACUUGGCCCGCGCUCGUCCAGAUAGACUUCUCGAAGAGAUGAUGAUAGAACUACAGACCGUUGAAACUUUGAAUUGUCUCAUAGAGCGCACCGAAACGCCGCCGUUCUAUCGCCUCACAAGUAUGCGAAAAGCUUCAAGUCACUCCGAUGGUGGUGCAAAUGGAAAUAAUGGAUCAAAUGGAGGUCAAAAUGGAAACAAUGGCAACUCUGGAGGUCAGAAUAAUGGCGGUAAUACGGAUAGAUACGCAGACUUGGCGGUCGAGAAGGGAACCAUUCAUACGAAACGACAUAGUGGUGAGGAUCCUAUCAAAAGUGCGGGAUCCUCAAAAUCUGAUUCUGCUUUAAGAGCUUUUAGCUCGCCUAGAGGGUACGAGAAAACUCGAGGAAAUAGUGGUCCACCAAUUGCUCAUAGACCAGAUGAUAAUCUUGUUAAUGAACAGGUUCUUGCUGAGUGCGAGGAAAUGUAUCGUUCAGCUAUGAUAGCAGCUUGUAUUGGUAGAGCUGAACCGGAACCUCAAAUUCAGCAACCACAUCCACACCCUCUGCCUAUGCCGGAAUAUGGUGGUUAUUUUGCACCACUCAAGGAAUAUUUACCUGAUAGUUCUCAACCCAUAUCCGGCUUUCACAGAUGUAACGUAGCUGUGAUGUUAUUGACUGAUAUAGUAGUCGAUGGUGUUGAUUUGGAUUGGGCAAUUCACGUGCCUCUCAUGCUUCACAUAUUGUUUUUGGGUCUGGAUCACACCAGACCAUUAGUCCGAGACCAUUGCAAACAAUUACUGCUUCACUUAUUGAUUGUCUUGGCUGAGCAUAAUGAUCAUUUAACAGUAGCAAGAAUUUUACUAAAUAGUCAAACUUCUGAAUUAGGCCUUGGCUUGCCAACUCCAGCUUUACCAGUAAUAAAACAUAAUUUUACAGAACCUGAUGCGGAAUUCGACAGUUACUUGAACGGAACCGCUAAUGCUACAGUACCAAAUUCAGGGCCGAAUAGUAUUCCAUCACAAACAACAGUAGUAGCAGUAACAAGCAUCGCUAGCUCUGUCGAGCCGCAGGUUCCUUUAAUAGUCACUGGUGAAGAUAGUGGUUCGUGGACUGGUAAUGUACCGCAGCCUGGUCCAAAUAUGGCAACAGCUCAUGUAAUAAAAUCGCUCAUAGAUUUCUUAUCAUCACGCCAAAAUACUCCGUUGUGGAAUUAUGAAGACAUCACAGCAAAAGUUUGGUCUGUGAGAUCUGCAGAACAAAUUGAUACGUUUCUUCAGCAUGUGUUGAGAGUAUUUAGAGAUGCAUUACCGCAUGCUUUAAUUAGUGAACGAUGGGCCCAAACUGCUCUUCAACUAGGUUUAUCUUGCUCUUCAAGACACUAUGCCGGAAGGUCAUUACAGGUAUAUAGAGCGUUACGUGUUCCAAUUAGUCCUAGGAUGCUUUCGGAUAUUUUAUCUAGAUUGGUGGAAACUGUGGCUGAACAGGGUGAAGACAUGCAGGGAUACGUCACCGAACUCUUAUUGACUUUAGAAGCAGCUGUCGACUCCUUAGAAUCAGAUUUCCGUCCAUUAGACUUUAGAAAAGAAAUCUUCAAAUCAACACCCAAUCUUAACAAUAAAGAUGGUGUACCAAUUGGAGUUGGAGGAAAACGAUCGCCUGGUGGCGGGGUUGGCAUAUGCGGUCCUGGUAGCCCACAACCUCCAAGUUGUAGUGGUCAUAUGCGAAGUACGAGCUAUUCAGUAUCGUAUUGUACUCGUAAGGCUAUGGGUUCACCAGCCAACGAGAACAAAGAAAUGCGUGGGAGAACAUCUACAGAAGUGGACAGCCGUACAAGUUCCAGUGCUAACAAAUUUCCUCCGAAUUUAUCGCGUUCUCGUUCUGCACAAUCAUUAAAAUUAUUAGGUGAUACACAAACACAAGACGACAAGUUAACUAUUUUAGCGCAAUUAUUCUGGUUGGCUGUCGGUCUAUUGGAAUCGGACUAUGAACAUGAAUUUUUACUUGCUGCAAGAUUACUGAGCAGAGUUCUGCAUAGAUUACCUUUAGAUAGACCUGAUGCUAGAGAUAAGAUAGAGAAAAUUCAACAGCAACUUCGUUGGACUUCAUUUCCUGGAGUGCAUGCUCUUCUGCUUAAGGGAUGUACAAAUCCAAACACAUACGAACCAGUUGUUAUUUUGCUCUCGCAAUUUACACCAGUUUUAGAUUUGGCGGUAGUUGAUCCAACUCAAAGUCUCGCUUUUCCUAUGAAUGUUGUCGCUUUAUUACCAUAUAUGGUUUUGAAUUAUGAGGACGCUAAUGAAUUAUGUAUUCGUAGCGCUGAAAACAUUGCUCAGGUUAGCACUGAAAAAAGUAAGAAACUCGAAUACUUAGGUACCGUUAUGACAUUAUACAGUCGCCGAACUUUCUGCAAAGAAAGCUUCCAAUGGACAAAAUGCGUUGUAAAGUAUUUAUACGAUACAUAUGCUCACCUGGGUCUCCAUAUGCUCGCGUUUUUAGUUGAGGUCUUAGAGAAAGGUUCUCCAGCAGUUCAGUUACCUAUUCUUAGUAUAAUUCACUGUAUGUUGCACUACGUAGAUUUGGCGACUCCACAAGCGCAGACUAUAAAUUCGGAUUUACUGAGAGUUAUCACAAAAUAUUUAGAGGGUACUCAUUGGAAAGAGGCCUUGAAAAUUUUGAAAUUAGUAGUGAAUCGCAGCAGCAGUCUUGUUGUGCCUCCUGCUCCGCAGUCGCAUUUAUGGGAGUCUUGUCCAUUGCCGCCUCAUCCAUCAUUCUCCGAAAAUGAUAAAAAGGAACUACCUGGUCGUACCAUGGACUUCACAUUUGAUCUGUCUCAGACUCCGUUGAUAGGCCGUAGGUAUCUUGCAAAAGGCCAGUCUUCAACUAAUAAUUCAGCGAAUAAUUCUGGACCUCAAUCGACGACUGCUGAUGGUUCAACUGCUUUAUGCCCUGCAUACCCUAGUUCACCUAGACGUUCUGUGUCAUUGUCACCUGCGGACAAUACGGCAUUGGCUGGUUGGAAGAGACCCUGGUUAUCACAGGGCCGUGUCAGAGAAAAUAUGGUAAACCUUCUUUCAACUUGUGGCCAACGUGUCGGAUUACCGAAGAGUCCUUCUCCUGGUAGCCCACAACCUCCAAGUUGUAGUGGCCAUAUGCGAAGUACGAGCUAUUCCGUAUCAUAUUGUACUCGUAAGGCUAUGGGUUCACCAGCUAACGAGAACAAAGAAAUGCGUGGGAGAACAUCUACAGAAGUGGACAGUCGUACAAGUUCCAGUGCUAACAAAUUUCCUCCGAAUUUAUCGCGUUCUCGAUCCGCCCAGUCAUUAAAAUUAUUAGGCGAUACACAAACACAAGACGACAAGUUAACUAUUUUAGCGCAAUUGUUCUGGUUGGCUGUCGGUCUAUUGGAAUCGGACUAUGAACAUGAAUUUUUACUUGCUGCAAGAUUACUGAGCAGAGUUCUACAUAGAUUACCUUUAGAUAGACCUGAUGCUAGAGAUAAGAUAGAGAAAAUUCAACAGCAACUUCGUUGGACUUCAUUUCCUGGAGUACAUGCCCUUCUGCUUAAGGGAUGUACAAAUCCAAAUACAUACGAACCAGUUGUUAUACUGCUCUCGCAAUUUACACCAGUUUUAGAUUUGGCGGUGGUAGAUCCAACUCAAAGUCUCGCUUUUCCUAUGAAUGUUGUCGCUUUAUUACCGUAUAUGGUUUUGAAUUACGAGGACGCUAAUGAAUUAUGUAUUCGUAGCGCUGAAAACAUUGCUCAGGUUAGCACUGAAAAAAGUAAGAAACUCGAAUACUUAGGUACCGUUAUGACAUUAUACAGUCGCCGAACUUUCUGCAAAGAAAGCUUCCAAUGGACAAAAUGCGUUGUAAAGUAUUUAUACGAUACAUAUGCUCACCUUGGUCUCCACAUGCUCGCGUUUUUAGUUGAGGUUCUAGAGAAAGGUUCUCCAGCAGUUCAGUUACCUAUUCUUAGUAUAAUUCACUGUAUGUUGCACUACGUAGAUUUGGCGACUCCACAAGCGCAGACUAUAAAUUCGGAUUUACUGAGAGUUAUCACAAAAUAUUUAGAGGGUACUCAUUGGAAAGAGGCCUUGAAAAUUUUGAAAUUAGUAGUGAAUCGCAGCAGCAGUCUCGUUGUGCCUCCUGCUCCGCAGUCGCAUUUAUGGGAGUCUUGCCCAUUGCCACCUCAUCCAUCAUUCUCCGAAAAUGAUAAAAAGGAACUACCUGGUCGUACCAUGGACUUCACAUUUGAUCUUUCUCAAACUCCAUUGAUAGGCCGUAGAUAUCUUGCAAAAGGCCAGUCUUCAACUAAUAAUUCAGCUAAUAAUUCUGGACCUCAAUCGACGACUGCUGAUGGUUCAACUGCUUUGUGCCCUGCAUACCCUAGUUCACCUAGACGUUCUGUUUCAUUGUCACCUGCGGACAAUACGGCAUUGGCUGGCUGGAAGAGACCAUGGUUAUCACAGGGCCGCGUCAGAGAAAAUAUGGUAAACCUUCUUUCAACUUGUGGCCAACGUGUCGGAUUACCGAAGAGUCCUUCUGAUGAAAUAUUAAAUUCAAUAUGUUCGAAGGUGAUAUUUAGCCAAUCAUCAGACUUAAUGGAAAGACAAAGUAGUAUGGCAAGUAGCACUGAAGAAGUUUCUGGAGGACCAAAUGAUCUCAGCGGUGGCAGUAGAAGAGAUGAUCAUCCUGAUCAGUUCGGUGUAUUCAAGGACUUCGAUUUCUUAGAAUAUGAAAGCGAAAGUGUCGAGGGCGAAAGUACUGAUAACUUCAACUGGGGCGUAAGAAGGCGUCCCUUGAGCGACGGUGAUUUGGAUCAACCUUCCUCAUCGGCAAAUCAAACAGAAAGCUUUAGUGAAGAAACUCCAGUUUUAAGCAAAAGAAAGGCUCGUAGUGGAAUGCCAGAGGAAUCAUCUGAUGAUGAAAUGGAAUCAGAAUCUCCAUUAGAUGAAGUAUCUGCAGCUCCUGAAUUUGGGCGAGAGGGUGGAUCAACAUCUGCUGGCUUUCCACCAUCUAGUUUAAGUUUACGAGAACAUCGAGCGAGGAAUGAUUCAGUAUCAAGUGGUUCGAGUGCUGGAGAUCUCGGCGAUGUUACACCAUGCAAUGCAUCACCAAACCUUUCUGCACUCUUGUCAUUCCGCACCUCUAUGAGAGAUGAUACUGAAGAUGCCUGGAGAAAAGAAAUGCAGAGUUUAUUAACACACCAAUCUACACAUCAUGCUCCUGAUUUAUUCAAAGUGCUCUCUAAAUUACUCUUGGAUGUGAUAAAGAAAAGUGUUGCAAUGUCUCGCGAAGCACUGAUGUAUUUAAUAGGACCUGGAGCAGCCUUGGGGGAUCGAAUAUCAUCAGUAGCUGAUUUGCUUUCUUACAAAGCAGAACCACCUCGAAUAUGGUUUGCUCUCGGCGGAAUUAACAGUCCCCGUCUAGCAGAAAGUUUGCGAUUCGGUGUUUUGGAAGUGCAGGAGCAUUUAGAAACAUAUUUUGAUAGAAAAGAUCAUGUCACGGAAUGUUUAGACGCAGUUCGAGCAAAUUGUAAACUGCAAAUGAUGUUUGAGCCACCAGAACCAUCAGAUUAUCAACAUGAAGAAAUAUUAGCAGAGCUAGGUCGUGCGAUAUAUAAACUUUUAUUCCAACUUUUAUUGCUGAUCGAUAGUUGUAACAAAAUGUUAUCAGCAGUUACUACAGCUGCUAAGGCUGCACAGUUAGCAGAUAUGUCUGUAGCAGUGCAAAAUGUACGCACCGCGUUAUGCAGAUCUUGUGAAGAAGAAAGUUCUGCUGGAGAAGACACCCCAACAGCGAGUCCUGUGCCCCCUCCCACUACGCCACCUCCAGGAGAGGUUGAGGGUGCAUUGCUGGAACUUGUCAAGUCAGGCAGGUGGAAUGCUGCAUUAUGCCACGUACGAAAAUAUCGCCAGUCCUGGAUUCUUCCAGAAUCUUUGUCUGGUGAUUCCUUGAAUACAGUAUCAGCAUAUUCAUCAGAUGACGACGAUGUGGCCUUAGUACUAAACAUGUACUGUAAUAUUCUGGCACAAGAUAAACCAAAUAUAUUCAUCCUGACACGCACCGAAACAGAACUGGCUGAUGUGUCCGCUCAGAUUAUGGAGAGCUUAUAUCAAGUUCAAAGUGCGUUGUCCAGACUGGAGCAGACUAUAAAAUCGUCCAGGCGUGAAACAAAUGCGCAAAAUACUAUCGCACUGAAUAGAUCUUCGCUAAGCGCUGACGAUUCAUCACUGGUGAGCCACGAUGUCUGAUUAGUCUCGAAUUUAAAUUAUAAUAUUUUACCAGAAUAAAAACACGGUAGAACUAUAAGCAGAAAUAUGUUACUUGUAUAAGAUAUUAAUAUUAUCACCUGUAUCUGCCAUUCACUUAUGACAUUCAUCACAUACAUUUUCAAAUUGUU